GAUCGCAAGGGUGGUGGAAAAAAGUAGUAGACUCCGAGGAAUGUAUGUGUGCAUGUGUUUUUUCCUUUUAUCUCACCAGGGAAGAAGCAGAUGGAGAGGAUUCUUCAAUCUAUAUAGAGAGAUUCCUCGCGUCAUUUUGAGGAAAGCACAUUAUUUAUAUUAUAUCCAUCUUGAAAAUUCAAAGAUUAAGACAGCUUUAAUACGAAAAUGCAUUUUCUCACCCAAACCCUCGUUGCUGCAGCUUUUCUCGCAGGUGCUGUUUUUUCUGUUCCUCAAGGUGUCCCUCCCAAUGGUAGUGGUGGUGGUGAUCAAUCUACUGUGCGUUUUAUUUCAUUUUUCUUUCCCCCUCUUUCGUUCCCCCUCUAACUCUUUCUUUUCCCUUACCUCUCUCAACACUCUCUUCCUUUCAUCCACACAAGCAGAAUUUGCAAAACUAACAAAAAGACAGUGCUACUGGAACUGUUGCGAAUACGAUCCCUCCACCCUUGGAACACUCUGCAGAAAUAACGAAGCGCCUUAUCCAUACGGAGUCGAUUGUUAUCCAGCGUUGGACGCGGCGAAUAUGACGUGUUGUCAUCAGACGGAUUGUCAGGAUCAGACUUACUUUACGACGCCGAUUGUGGUUAUAUAGGGACUUGGGGUUGUGAAAUUGGGUAGAUGGAAGGGGCUUUAGUUAUUGGGGCGGGGCUUUGGAGGGGAGAGGUGGAUUGGAGGGAAUGUGGUGGGUUUGAGUGUGGAGUUGAGGGGAAGAAAGGUGUUGGCUUGGCGAUUUCGUUCGGGACUGUGGAUUAUAAUGGCAACAGGCGGAUGAUCUUGAUUCGAACA